GAAUGGACCUAAUCAUAUUUCGAAGUUAUCGAGCUGCAUAUAUUUAUACAUACACACACAAUCACGUACAAUUUGUUUGUACAAGUAUAUAUACCUUAGUGCAGCUUUCUCAAUAUGCUACAUUUGCUAGCGUAGCUUACACGUGUGCAUUACCCAACUUUAUUGCAGAGAAAUAUCGGUGUAGGGCGUUUAACAACAUUCUUUUUAUCGAUCAUGGCACGGAUGUUAAGACAAGCAUGUAAUCAUAUAUAUAUCACAGAUCAAAAUGAAUCAAGUCAUAUGGCGUGAUGUUAUGGAUAAAGCACACUUCAGUCCUCCUUCCAUUUUGAGCUUGCAAAUCCAAUGGAUAUUCAAAGAAACUUUUUAUUUUUGUGUUGAGCUUGAUUGCAGUGAAGGAGUGAAUUAUUUGUGUAUGUAAUGCAACAAUCCCAAGUUAAAUGAUUCUAACAUCAGCUUAGAUACACCACACCUUAACAACAUUAAUAUCAGCACCGAUAUUUUUAUAUGCUUACCUAGACAAAAGUUAUAAACUUUAUUCCCAUAUAAAUUACCCUCUUUAUGUGUUUAAGAACAAAAUGAUGCUUUAAAAAUUCCAAUUUCAAUCUAAUUUUAAACUUACUACUAAUCAUUACUUAGUUUAAGUUAUAACAUCACCAACAUCUACAACCGGUAUAAAUAAAUAAAGGUAUGAAUAAUUCCUAAUAGGGACUUUGUAA